AUGUUUCCUAAAGCUUAUUUGGAUGCUGCUCAUAAUUCUCCUUCAAAUAUUAAUCAAGGACAACCAGGAUUUGUAAAUUCGCCGACUCCAGAAGGCUGGGCUCUCUCCAUCACUCCUUAUGAGCUCUCCGAAUACCUCUUUUGUGCAUGCGCCUUCUUUAACUACCUCCUAGCCUUCUUCUCUGAUAGACUUAUUCCAACUCCACCCCAACUCAUUCUCACGCGUCCAAUUCGCCCAGACGAACUACCGGCAGAUUUCGAUGUCGUGGCUUCGGAUGAAAUGCCACAAAAAGCCAUACUGAAACUGGAGGAUGGAAAGUCGAGUGAGGUAUCAAAAGAACCUGAACCAUACAACCCCGGAGGUGCUUUGAGUACUUCGGCCAUCAUUGGAUAUACUAAGAUUAGAGGUUGUGGUAUUCAUAGCUCCCACUGUUUACUGGGAUGUCAAUAA